AUGGGAUUCGCCGAAGCUCUCAUCGACAAAGCUGCCUGCGCCGUCCUGGCCACGGCAGCCAUCGUUACCGGCUAUGCCGGCACCACCUGCCAGGGCGUCCCUGCUGCCAUGACCUCCUCUGGUCUUGUCACUGGUUUUUCUGAGAACAGCACCGGCAACCACGUCUUUCUGGGCAUCCCCUAUGCCGAUUCGACCGCCGGCGCCAACAGGUGGAAGCCGCCCCAUUCUCCUGCGACGACAUGGGGUGCCCUCAACGCUACCCAAUAUGGAUCGACGUGCGCUCAGGCCGGCAUCAGCAGCAGCCUUGCCGCUCAGAGCGAGGAUUGCUUGAACCUCAACAUUUGGGCUCCUGCACACGGCCGCCGCCUUCCUGUCUUCGUCUACAUUUACGGAGGUGCUAUGGUCUCUGGCGGCUCCAGCAACUCGCAAUGGCAGGGUAGCAACUUUGCUUCCAAGGACGUCAUCUACGUCAACUUCAACUACCGCGAGUCCAUCUUCGGUGCCCCUAACUCGGCCGAGUUGUCCGGCACUUCGCAGAACUUCAACAUUCUCGACGUUGAGGCUGCCCUGAAAUGGGUUCACGACAACAUCGGCGCUUUCGGUGGCGACAAGAGCCGCAUCGUCGUGGGCGGCCACUCCUCCGGAUCCGUCAUGGUCGAUCACUACCUGUGGAACCACCCUGACACAUGGCUCGCUGGUGCCAUUGAGAUGUCGGCGAACGCUGAGUCGGGACCGGGCUACGCCACCCAAAACGUUGGCAUCCAAAAGGUCAUGGCCGAUGUCGCCAACUCAACUGGCAAGGCGCUCAAUACGCUCAACGAUCUGCGUCAAGUCAGCGCUUAUGAUAUCGAAACGUCCAAAUUCAACUCCACCUACAACACGUGGUUUAGCCCAAUCGUCGACAACAUUACCCGUUUCAGCGACUACCCCGGCCGCUUCGCUGCUGGCAAAUACCCAAAGACCUUGCCUCUCAUUGUCGGCAACUCUGACCAGGAGGGCAAGAUCUUCUCUCUCGUUUACUCGGCUGAAAACUCGGACUUCAGCUCAUGGAUCAACACUUUCGAUGCUGAUCUUGCGCACAUCUCGGAUAGCGACCUCUUGGCUAGCUACAACAAGACUGACUAUGAGUCCGUCUCGCUCAUGAGCGGAGCCAGCUAUGGUGAUGCGCGCUUCUACUGCCCGACCGACUACCUGCUCGAUGUGCGUGCCUCCAAACAGCCUACCUGGGCUUACCGUUGGUUCGGCAACUACAGCAACGUGCUUGGUGUUCCCGGAAUGGGUUCCUCCCACGGAUCCGAGGUUCCCUUCUUCCACGGUGGCAACCAGUGCUUCGAGGACCUCGACAAUGUCACCGAAGAACAGCAAGCUCUGGCUGACUGGACGAACGACUGGUUUGUCUCCUGGAUCAAGAACCCUGCCGCUGGCCCUGGGUGGGACAAAGCCACCCCUAAGAGCGGACCUCUUGCCAAGAUUGGCGUCCCCGGAAAUGAGACCGAAGUCAUCAUCGGUAACACCAACGAGUACAACUCUCGCUGCCAAACUCUCUACAAACCCAACUUUCCCAAGUACCCCGUCGUUCAAGAUCCGACCAAGCUUUAA